AUGGCCGACCGUCUCUCCCAGGUCUCUGGACACCUCUCCAACACUUACAGCCGCGGCUUGCUCGCUGGCGAAGUUGCCAUUAUUACCGGUAUGUCAAGUACCCCUCUUGGUAUUGGCAAGGCCACCGCCCUCCUCUUCGCCAAGGAGGGUGCUAAGGUUGUCAUCAGCGAUAUCGAUGCUAAGCGCCUCGAAGGCGUCGAGGCCGAGAUCAAGGCCCAGGGCGGCGACGUUCUCUCCGUUGCAGGAGACGUCGGUGCUGAGGACUUCCCCAAGAAGAUCGUCGACGCUACCGUCGCCAAGUUCGGCAAGAUCAACCACAUCGUGAACAACGCCGGCUUCACCUACGACAAGAUGCUUCACACCACCCCCGACGACGCCUGGGACGUCAUCAUGAAGAUCCACGUCCGCGCUCCUUUCCGCCUCAUCCGCCAAGCCGCACCCUACUUCCGUAUCAAGGGAUCCAAAGAAAACCGCUCCAUCGUCAACGUCUCCUCCACCUCUGGCUUGCACGGAAACGUCGGCCAGGCCAACUACGCAGCCGCCAAGAGCGCCGUCCUCGGCCUCACCAAGACCAUUUGCAAGGAAUGGGGCCAGUUCAACGUCCGAGCCAACUCUAUCGCUUUCGGCUUGAUUCACACUCGGAGGCCGGAGAGACCAUCGAGGUCAACGGCAAGAAGGUUGCAUUGGGUGUUCCAGGAGCCAAGGGCCCUCACCGACGACCAAAACGCCUACCUCGGCAUCCCCCUCCGACGAGGUGGAUCCGUCGAGGAUGCCGCUGGUGCCGUUUUGUUCCUUUGCUCACCGUUGGCAAGCUAUGUCUCCGGCCACACUUUGGAGGUCACUGGUGGUGUUGGCAUCUAA